UACAAACAUUCAAAAGAGAUGAUUGAAACUUACUUACAAAAAGAUCAUGGAGCUCCGCCGCUCUCCGGUUAGCUUUUGGUUGAGUACCGACAUUCUUGAUUUUUCCAAUGUGUGUCCGCCGCGCUCUCGCGCCAACCACUCAAUCCCCUCUUUGACUGUUAUCACAACCCAAUUCCUGAAAUCCCCUAUUCACCAAUACCCAAAUUUGUUCUUCGCUUUCUUCUUCACCUUCCGAAUAUGCCGUUCUAUGAGGUUAACACCACCGCCCCAGCCGCGGAGGACGCCAAGAUCAACACACCCAUCAAAAUUUUCUACAGAACUUACGGACGCGGAUUAACCAAGGUCCUUCUUAUCACAGGCUUGGCCGGAACCCACGAUUCAUGGGGACCCCAAAUCAAAGGGUUUAUAGGGACCGAUGUGCCCAACGAAGACGGCGAUAGGGACGUCGUCGGUGACCGAAAUGCCACUGGUCUCGGCGAGGGAGUUACCUUCGAGAAUGGCGGUGGGAUCGAGGUUUGUGCAUUUGAUAAUCGGGGAAUGGGUCGGAGCUCCGUCCCCACAAAAAAAUCUGCAUAUACAACAAAGAUAAUGGCGAAGGAUGCCAUUGCCUUAUUGGAUCAUUUGGGGUGGGAAAAAGCUCAUAUUCUUGGUCAUUCCAUGGGAGGUAUGAUAGCUUGCAAAUUAGCGGCUAUGGCGCCAGGAAGAGUCAAGUCAUUGGCCAUGCUCAAUGUAACUGGUGGAGGUUUUCAAUGUUGCCCUAAGCUUGACCCGCAAACAUUCAAAAUUGCAGUGAGAUUCUUAAAGGCCAAGACUCCUGAACGAAGGGCUAGUGUAGAUUUGGAUAUCCACUAUUCGAAGGAGUAUCUUGAGGAGUAUGUUGGAUUUGAAAAGAGAAGAGCAGUAUUAUAUCAGGAAUAUGUUAAAGGUAUAUCAGCAACAGGAAUGCAGUCUAAUGCUGGUUUUGCUGGUCAAGUUAAUGCAUGUUGGACGCAUAAAGUGACAAGAAAAGAGAUAGAAUGCCUCAAGUCUGCUGGAUUUCUUGUAUCAGUCAUUCAUGGCAGGCACGAUGUUAUUGCUCAGAUGUACUAUGCUAGAAGACUUGCCGAAAAGCUGUAUCCUAUUGCUAGAAUGAUAGACCUCCACGGAGGUCAUCUAGUCAGUCGCGAGAAAACCGAAGAGGUAAAUCGAGCUCUUCUCGACUUAAUCAGAGCCUCGGAAAUGAAGACGAGUCCACACGAGUGGACAAACUUGGCAAAGAAAAGAUCAUGGUGGAUGGAGGAGAGAAUGGCUUUUGUAACCGUGAAGAAUGAAGGAGGAGGAAGCAGUAUCUCCUCCUCCUCCUCCUCCGCCAAACCUUUCUUCUUAGAGAGACUCCAUCUUUUCGUGUUGUAUCUCUUUGGUCUGAUUCUUUUCGUGUUCGAGUAUCUCCGGAACGGCCUGAAAAGCUUGAAACCGGUCCGAGACUGAGCCUCCCUUACUCCAAAUCUUCUUACAGGUCAGCUAUAUGAUUGUUCUUCGUUGCAGGAUCUGUUUCAUUUUUGCUUAAACUGUAGUUGGGUAAUGAGUUCACUCUCAAUAUUGAGAACCUUCAAGGGAAACCAUCAAAGGACCUAUCUUACAAGGCUGAUAUACCCUCCCCUCCCCUCCCCUCCCCUAUUGAGUUAAACUAUAUAUAUAUAUACCCUUCUGUAUAAUUUAUAAAGUGUUCAUAUUGUAUCAAUAAAUGUGUGUUCUUCUUGAUUUAAACUAA